AUGAGUGUCCAGGAAAAGAAUUCUGAAAACUCUUCACAACAUAUUCGUGACGCUGAGCCGCACAAUUUUGCCCCAUCUCCAGAUUUUAAAUGGCUAUGCGAUGAGCUAUAUGUGAAACUGGAUGCCUUGCUAGAAAAUCGACAUAAACUCGGAAAAUCUUACAGUGUGAGCUGCCUGGAAGUGAUUAUCCAUUUCAUCAAAUUGUGGCGGAAAACGGUCGGUAACGACUUCUACGAAGUUUUCCUUUUGACGUUUCCGUACAGAGACCCAAGAUCCUAUAAUAUAAAGGAUUUUACGCUCAUCAAGGCUGUGUGCAGAUACUUGAAUUUGCCUCGCAACUCCCUGACAGAAAACAGGCUUUUAAGUUGGAAACGAUUGGCAACGCGCGGCAAGAAGCUGUCAGCAUUCUGCGUAGAAGAAAUUAAAAAACGCAGGAAAGAACCUGAGAAAAGCACUCGCCUUACGAUCGAGUCUCUUAACCAAAAACUGUCUGAACUAUCUAAGGAAUCGUCUACGAAGAAAUGGGGGUUCAAUGGACUUUCCCAAUCUGCUGUGUUCCGAUUUUGUCUUCAAAACAUGACGUUUGUCGAAAUGCCAUACUUUUUCGAUAUUCUGUUGAAAACCAGAGUCGUGGGAGGACUGGAACACAAGUUUUUACACUGCUGGCAUCCUGAUGCUUUGGAUUACUUGGGUGUGGUUUCAGAUUUAAAGUUACUGUCUCUAAAAUUAUGGAAUGCUCAAGAAAGGCUUGGCAAGACCGAUCUGACCAUUAAUAUUGGUCGCGCUUUCUCCCCCCAAUUGGCCAGAAGGAUGGCCUCUUCUUACGAGUCUAUUUGUCGCAGGCUUAGUGGCAAUUUCUUUGUUGAGGAGAAAAUGGAUGGAGAACGAAUCCAGGUGCAUUACAUGCAAUUCGGCUCAUCCCUCAAGUUUUUCAGUAGACGAGGCACAGAUUACACGCAUCUUUAUGGAAGCUCUAUUUCGAGUGGUGUGAUUUCUCGGCACGUAAAGCUUUCGCCAGAUGUUGAGAAUUGUGUUUUAGACGGAGAAAUGGUGACCUACGACAGAGAAAAACAGACGGUGCUACCCUUCGGAAUUGUAAAAUCUAGCGCCGUAGACGAAAUGAUAAGUCAUGAAGCCGGGAUCGACGGCAAGGGGUUCAGGCCCUUUUUCAUGAUUUUUGAUCUGUUGUUUUUAAACGGUGUAUCCUUGACAAAAGUUCCCCUUGAAACAAGGCAAGAAUACCUACAGACAGUGAUUAAUCCUGUGCCGAACAUUAUUGAAGUCCUCAAAAGUCUAAAAUGUUCAGAUUCCAACGAUAUCCGAAAUCUUCUCGAAAAGGCUAUUUCCAUGGGCUCUGAGGGAAUUGUACUAAAGCAAUGCUCCUCGAUAUACAGCAUUGGUGCACGCAAUGAAGCCUGGAUCAAGGUCAAACCUGAGUAUUUGGAGCAGUUUGGUGAAAAUUUGGACCUUAUCGUUAUAGGUCGUGAUCCAGGGAAGAAAGAUUCUUUCAUGUGCGGAUUGGCUCUGCUGGAAAAUGACGACGAAAAAGAUAUUAAAGAGGUCAUUGAAUUAUCGGGCGACGACGAGGGUAAUUUACCUGAGCAAAUUGUGGAAACUACUGAGAGGAAAUUCAUUUCGUUUUGCAGUAUUGCUAACGGGAUAUCGGACGAAGAGUGUAAAGAUAUUGAUAGGAAAACCAGAGGUAAGUGGGUUAAGACUUCUGAACGUCUUCCACCCCCGGAGCUUAUCGAAUUUGGCUCCAAACUGCCGGCAGAAUGGAUCGAUCCUAGAGAGUCUCUGGUGAUGGAGGUUAAGGCAAGGUCGGUCAACAAUAGCGAGUCGGCUGGAGUCAAGUUUAGAAGUGGUAGUACCCUGUAUGGGGGUUAUUGUCGAAGGAUAAGAGACGAUAAAGACUGGAAGUCUUGCGCCACUUUUAGGCAAUACUUUCAAGCGAAGUUAUCUCACAAUCAUAUGCGUUACAGACGCAGGAUUCAUAACGUCUCUCCUCGCAAGAAAAAGAGAAGCUCGAGCGCAAAGAUGGAAUUAUUGUACGGUGGGUUGGAUACAACACAAAUUCAAUCGCACACGGAAAUUUUCCAAGGUAAAAGAUUCUACGUCCUCAGCGAUUAUACUAGCGUUACAGAUAAGACACGAGUUAGCUAUGAUCGAAUAAUUUCUUUGGUCUUACACAAUGGAGGCAGCAUGGUAUACAACUUAGACCUUAGAGAUGGCGAGUUGCAGUUUCUGUAUAUUAUUGGCUCAAAACUCACUAUUGAAUGCAAAGCUCUCAUCGAGCGUGGUUAUGACAUUAUUUCACCGUUAUGGCUAUUUGACUCGGUGCGUUCCCAGUCUGCACUCAAGUUGGAGCCUAAGCAUUGUUUUCGGGUAUCAAAAGAGCUACUGGAAAAUGCGUAUUCCCGUGUGGACAAAUUUGGUGAUAGCUAUGAAAGCGUUAUGACAGGGACGGAGUUUGACCAUAAACUUAUCAGCUGGAAUGAUAAAGAAAUUACUAGAAAGCUAAAGGAAGCAUGCCAAGACGAAUUGAUGGAAAUACCAAUUUUUUUGUUUUACGCUUUCUCGGCUAUCGUCGUUAACUUGAAUUCCGGGAAUCAAACAGUUCGCCAAGCUGCAGACCUUUUUGAGCUAUUUGGAGGCAAAAUUACUGAUGAUUGGCUGAGGGCAAAUGUAAUUAUAGUGCCCUCAGAAGAAGUUGAUCAAACUGAAAUGAGAUCACUUCGCGAAAAGGCAAUUAAAGCUACACGCUCGAGAAACGAAACUAAUUUACGGUUACCGCAUAUUGUGAAAUUAGAGUGGAUCACGGCCUGCAUUGAGGAAAAUUGCUUAGUGGCAGAGGAAGAGUACGCUAUUUUAUAG